AUGUUAUUCGCUCUCGUAGCGCUAACUAUCCUUCUGGUGAGCGUCGACGCUAGGGGGGUAGAAAAAAGAAACUCUCCGGCAGGAGAAAAAUGCCUCUCGCCCGAAGCUCUGAAAAAAGUGAUUGUCGACCUUUUCACGAACAUCUAUGGCUCUUAUUUUGAUUGGAAUUCUAAAAUGGCCAGCGAUGCUCAGCGAAUGAUAGAUAGAGGUGUUGAAUCGCCAUAUACUGGCGUGUUUUAUACAAAAUCAUUUGACAACAAAACAGCGCCAAGGACAAUGGAGGAAAAAGUACGUCGGACACUGGAAAAAAGCCCAUUAUCCCAACAACCACACAAACUUGUGAGCUUUGGAUGCGAUUGCGAGCACU